AUGUCUGCACCUUCAGUUCUCGAAUAUGCCCGCUUCCACGGCCUUGCUAUUGAUCACACCUCCGAAGAUCUGGUGACGUACAUUUCACAGUUACCACUACGUGCCGUUGAGGAUGACCAACAGCUGUCCGAUCUAGAUUUCUCGACAUUUUCUGACAAGUUUGUAGAACCGAAGCUGCGGCUUAGCCAGCAAGCUACCUCCUCGCUGGCUGAGAGCGUUUUGGACCACUACCCUUCAAUCAAUUGGAGCCAUUUUCUGCCAGACCGGCACCGUGUCCAAAACCUGAAAAUCGAGGAGCCUCUGCUGGCAGGGGACCACCAGACAGAUGUUCGCCGUUUCAGACGUGAAGCGUUGAGCCACGUGGACACAGAGGAGUUCUUCGAGAUGUGUUCUUUGAUCAGUUCUGCAUCAGGGCAGGAUUUCCAAGAUGAGUGGAACGACAUCCAAUCUGGUCACGCUCGGAGAGGAGUCGAACAAGAGCUGGAAGAUGAGAGAUGCCAUACUACGAAAGAGGCCCUGGUACAUUUAUCAGAUUCGUUGAAAGACCCUGUGAGCGAGGAAAUGAAGGCUACGAUACUCGACAGCUUCCUCCCCAUGAAACCACGAGCAAGAUCCUUGACACCCUUGUUGAUGUCAGAGCCGCUAGGGCCACGAGUUCCGUCACCUCCCGAUCUAGACUUCCCUCUACGAUCUGAUGAAGAUGGUGACCUGGACAAUCUUCUCCUUCAGCUAGAGAAGGAGAUGGAAGACAAAGACCAAAUAUUGUUGGACGGGAUCAGCAACGCAAGUCCGACGAUGGCCAAACAUAUCCUGGAAGGGAUUGGGGACGCGACCAAGUUGGAGAUCGAAGAGAAUCUGAGAAUAGAGACAAUAUGUGCACCACUUGCUGAGCAUCACCGAGAGAGAAGGGGCCUUCAAAAUCUGCGGCUUAAUGUGCUGAUGGUUUCUUCUUCUUCGCAAUUCGAGAAAUCGAGCGAGCAAGCCGCGAUCUCGUCUCCUCCAGCAGAGCCUGAGCAGCCAGCUAGAGCCAGUUUCUUUACCCGAACUGCACCACGUAGUCCGAUCGUCGAAAUCCAACCGGAUUCAACAACGACGGAAUGCACAGUCGACAGCAGUAACCUAGGUUCUCUUGAAGAUCUACUGUCCUUCACAACCGUUAUGUCUGAAAAUGUUGGAUUUGAGGCGAAACAAGAGAAUGACCUGGAUGAAAAGUUGAUCAAGUUGGCCAACAGAGCAGCGGAGGAGACAGAUACCUGGUUGAGACGCGACAAAAUCAGCAUACCAGAAGAAUGUCUGAAACAGCCAGUGCCGCAACUGAAACCAUUUUCUGUCAUGUCUCCGUAUGAUGGUCAAAGUACUGAGUUUCUCAUGCGCAAACUUGAUGAGAUGUGCUUGGUCAGCCCACAGACGGGAAACUUGCAGAACGAGAUGAAACUUAACUGGUCGCCCUUUCCAUCUCGAUUCAUCAAGCUGGAACUUGUCGACAGUGUUCAGGAUGAUGGCAAGGUUCGCAGCUUUCUGGACCCACCGCAAGUAAUUACCAAAAGUGAGCAAAUGCUCUGGAAACAGCCUGGCCUCCGCAUUCUCGAUACGAAUUAUGAGAGUGAUGGUGAAAUAGAGGAGGACUCUGAGCUGCAUGAGGACAUGUCCAAACUGGCCGAGCCUAUCGUCCCAGCCAAGAGACCCAAGCAUGGAUCGGACUCGCCCUGCACGUCACCGACCAAGAAGUCUUCCAUGUUGGAUACCAAUGGAAUCCAGAAUUCGCUAAGUCACAAGAAGAGCCAUGCCUUUAACGUCUUCUCAACUUCCAACGCGUUGGAGACAUUUCUUGAUCUUCGGGGAGGAAGGUUCAAGAGAGUUGCGCAACCACAACCACCUUCGGCAAACGAACUGGUAGACGAUCCCAUUCAGCCGACACAGUUUGAAGAAGACAGUCAGAUCAGCUCGGCGCGCAGUUUGGUCUCGAAACCAUCGGGAGCACUGGCCGAGUUGAACCCAUCCAUCAGCCUGGUACCCUCCACACCGACCGAAGCUGCAUAUCCCGGUGAUAACGACGAGGUUUACCCACUCAUGGAGUUAAAAUGGCCUAGAACGAUUUUGAUCGAAACAGCCACUCUCGCAAGAUAUUCUUCACUCAUCAGCUUCCUAGAGACAAAUGGAGGCAAACAACUUAAUAUGAUAUAUCGACAGAUGAGCCGAUCUAACCGUGAUGCACCCCUUUCAGCGUCUCCGGACAUGAUUUUGAAUCCGACGACAGCUCUUAUAUUCACAACUUUGCAAGAAUUGAACCAGAAAAGCUUGCCUGGACAAGGAAUCGAAGCAGGCCAAGGUAUGAUUCAGAGCAGAAUCCUGAGACUCGGAUAUCACUACACCCAACUUUUCGUUCUGGUUACGACUCUGGGUCUCGAGGGGAGCAUGCUGCAGUCACAGAUUGACACAAUGACCACUUUUGUGGGGUUCUGUGCAAAUGCCUGCCAUCGCUAUGGCCUUCGUGUGCAUCCUAUUUGGGUCUUGUCGAAGUAUGGCGGUCGAUCAGUUGAGACCGCUCUUAGCAAAUGGACCUGGAAUCUGGCUUGCCGACACGGGUUUCCAGAGACUCGCCCGUGUCAGAGCCUGCGUCCGGAGAUGGAUACAGUUACGCUCAUCAACGAAGAGACGCUCUGGGAGCAAUUUCUCAGGAAGGCUGGCUUGAACCCUAUGGCGGCCCAAGUUGUCCUUGGAGAGUUGAGAAGAGCACACCCACCUGACAUGACAUUUGACCAGAAUUGGGGGUUAAGGAGGUUCGUGGCGAUGCACCCUGAUGAGCGGAGAGACAUUUUUGCCGAGAUAUUGGGACGGAAAGUAGUUGAGAGGAUCAAUGCCGUACUUGACAAAGACUGGAGCUGA